AUGGCCACACACCAUCAGCGCUCCUCAGCCUCGUCGUCAAGGUCGUUAUCCUCGUCUCGCCACAGCAAUGGAGCUGGAAAUGGACAUGGCGGCGGUAAUGGCAAUCUUGGGCAUGGAGUAAAUGGGCAGACCACAUCCCGGUCCACGUCCCAGUCCGCUUCCCAGUCCGCUUCCCAGUCCGUGUCCCAGUCCAUGUCCACUGGCUCCACGUCUGGUCGAUCCCAUCGUUCAACACAUUCAACACAAUCUGCUUCAUCUCCAACAUCAACAGCUGCAGCUACGGCGACGACGUCUCCUACUUCUCAUCGUUCCUCUCGACCGCCCCUCUCCGCAUCCUCGGGUGCUUCAGCCGCUGCUACGAUUGCUGCGGCCAGUUCUGCUGCCCAUUCUCCUCCACACCGUCGGUCUGCCAACUCACAUGCAGACUCCACCUCAAUCAACUCAAUCAACGCUGCCACAGUCUCCAACAGCUUGACCAGGUUGACCCACGCCCAAACCAACACCCACCCUCACGCCCAGACGUCGAGAUCCAGUCUCCAGCGCGCCCGUAGCACCUCCACCACCAGCAACCACCGCAGCAACCCAAACGCUGUUGGCCCAGGUGCUGGUGCUGCUACUACUGCUGCCGCUGUCGCUGCCGCUGUGGUUACUCGUGGCCGCUCCACCGGCUCCCAGCACCAGACCCAGAGCCAUCAUUCACCACAACAUCUCCAACAGCAGCAGCAUCAUCAUCGCCGCCACGCGUCUGCAUCGUCGACUGCGGCCCGAUCGUCACGCCCUGUUCAGGAUAUCCUCCCCCAUCAUGACUAUGAGACUUCAAACCUAGCAUCUUAUUCCCAUUCAAAGCGUACCUCCAGCAGAGACCGCACAUCGCACUCCUCGUCGACAAGGGGCGCCAGCGCCGCCACCGAGUCGCCCUCAGCCUCCUCGUCCCAAGCUGCCGCCCGAUCGACACAUCGCCGGCCCAGCACGCGCUCCUCUUCCCAACGACACCAUCACCAACCUUAUCCCUCGAGCGAGAUGGCUCCCUCCGCCGUUGCCAAUAACAAUGGUAGCCCAUCAGCUCCUCCUUCCUCUCAUGGCCCCUCCGACCCUCACCAUCAAUCACAUUCUGCUGGCAAACAGACGAGAUCACGCACCACGAUUCCCACUCAGUCGGGGAAAUGGAUACUUGGCAAGACUAUCGGCGCAGGUAGCAUGGGCAAGGUGAAGCUGGCACGUAAAGAAGAUGGCACCGAACAGGUUGCUUGCAAAAUUGUCCCCCGAGGCUCGACCGAAGAACAUCAGACUCGUGCGGACAAGGAACGAGCCGACCAGUCCAAGGAGAUUCGAACCGCUCGCGAGGCCGCGAUAGUCACCCUCCUGAAUCACCCCCACAUUUGCGGCAUGAGAGAUGUCGUUCGCACCAACUACCACUGGUACAUGCUCUUUGAGUAUGUCAAUGGUGGACAGAUGCUCGACUACAUCAUCUCCCAUGGCAAGCUCAAGGAGAAGCAAGCUCGAAAGUUUAGUCGACAAAUCGCCAGCGCCCUAGACUACUGUCACCGAAAUAGCAUCGUUCAUCGCGACCUCAAAAUCGAAAACAUAUUAAUCAGUAAAACUGGUGAUAUUAAGAUCAUUGAUUUUGGUCUCAGUAAUCUCUUUUCGCCCCGUGGCCACCUCAAGACCUUUUGCGGCAGUCUUUAUUUCGCCGCCCCUGAGCUCUUGCAAGCCAGGGCGUACACCGGUCCUGAGGUUGAUGUCUGGAGCUUUGGCAUUGUGCUCUACGUCCUCGUUUGUGGUAAGGUACCAUUCGACGACCAGAGCAUGCCCGCUCUUCACGCCAAGAUUAAGAAGGGUUUGGUGGAUUACCCCAGCUGGCUUUCCAGUGAAUGCAAGCAUCUCAUGUCUCGUAUGUUGGUGACUGAUCCAAAGCAACGCGCCACCAUGCAGGAAGUAAUGAACCACCCCUGGAUGACAAAGGGUUUCAAUGGCCCUCCUGAUAACUAUCUUCCCGUUCGCGAACCGUUAACACACCCCUUGGAUGGGGAUGUUAUCCACGCUAUGCAGGGAUUCAACUUUGGGUCUCCUGAAACUAUCCGCGCCCAGUUAAGCAAAAUCAUCGACUCUGAGGACUAUCAGCAUGCCGUCAAGAUGUAUCAACGAGAACGAGAGCUUCCCACUCCGGCCAAAGACGCUGAGAAGAAGAGGGGCUUCGGUUUUGAUUUCUACAAGCGACGAAAUUCUUCCAAUAGCAGAGAUACUCUGACGGGCCCAAGCAGCGAUACUUUGCAACUGGGCCACGAUCCUCUAUACGCCUUUAGUCCGCUACUCUCGAUAUAUUACUUGGUUAAGGAGAAACAGGAUCGUGAGCCACCUCAACAACCACCUGCCACUUCCAGCAACUCCCGUGAGAAAGAGAAGACUCGAGAACGAGAACGAGACAAAGACCGUGAUCGUGAUCGCGAUCGAGAGCGGGACCGAGAUCGCGACAGAGACUAUCGAGAUAAGGAGCAGCGGGAUUAUCGAGACCGUGAGAAGAUUCCCGACACUAUGCCAGAUCUAGCACCUCCACAGGCUGCUCAUACCAAUGCAACCGCUUAUGAGAUGCCUGGUGAAAGGCCGACUGGCGGACGGUCAAGGCCCAGAGCCCGCACGCAUGGCGAAGAUGAUGCACCAGAGUUAGUCAAACCACAUGGACACCCGCCGCCACCGCCUGCACCCGAGACCAAGGUAGAACAGUUGCAAAAGAAGGAAGGCACUGCCGCCGGAUUGCUUCGAAGAUUCAGCACUCGAAAGCGCCGAGAUCCUGAGCGCCUUGAUAAGGACCGUUCUCAUCCUCCCAUGGUACAAGUUCACUCUCCACCCGACUCGUCGGGGCCAGCAACCCCGAAGAAGAGCUUUAGCAUUCGUCGUGGCCGGCGAGAUCGUGAUGAGCCGCCAGUGCCAACUAUCCGGUCAGGCAGCAGCCAGCCUCAACACAGCGCACUGCUCAGUCCCCCGAUGUCCGCCCAUGGCACAAGAGACACACGAAAGGCAGGUCUAGGACGAUCCACUAGUGUCAAUUCUGCGGAAAUGCGACGUCGUGAAGGUGUCAGACCACCCAAGGAGACGGCCGCCACGAGUGGCUCCGAGCAGUCUGUUUCAAAUGAUCAAUCAGGAUCAUCUCAGAGAGCUCACGGCCACUCCCGAUCAGCCUCAAUGAGAACCAAAUCUCUAGGUCACGCCCGCCGUGAAAGUAUUCAACGUCGCCGAUUGAAACGUGAAGGCCUCCAGGAGGCGGACCUGCCCGAGGAGACGGACUUUGAACCCGAUCAUAGUGGACUAUCGACGGACCGGCUAGACAGCGCUGAACUAGCGAAGCCUGUCUUUUUGAAGGGUUUGUUUAGCGUAUCAACAACCUCGGGCAAGUCUGUACCCGCAAUCCGGGCUGAUAUCAAGCGAGUGCUCAAGCAACUGAACGUCGACUUCACUGAGAUCAAGGGAGGUUUUGCUUGUCGACACACACCAAGCAUCGACUUGAACAAGGUGCAGGAUCCGCCCAUCAGCCCGGGCCAGACUCCCGGACAUCGGCGUCGCUUCAGCUUUGGAGGCUUGAUGCGCAACGAUGAUCGAGACGAAAUCCGAGAACUAGACCGAGAUCAACGACAGCCUCCCACGCCUCGAACCCCGGGUCGGUCGGAUCGUGAUCGAUCAGAUCGAGAGAGAGAGCGCCCUGACCGUGACCGUUCUGACCGGGACCGCAGCUAUUCCAACUCGGAGACGUCGGUGGAUAGCAUCCCUAGGCGAAACGGAGGGACUACGAGGCGAGCACCGGGUGAGACGAGUACUCAGGUUCAGAGUGACCUAGGCGAGAGCAUGGUGUUGGAAUUCGAGAUUUUCAUCGUCAAGGUGCCUCUCCUAUCAUUGCACGGAAUCCAGUUCAAACGGAUGACGGGCAAUACCUGGCAGUUCAAGAACAUGGCAGACCAGAUCCUACGGGACCUGCGACUGUAG